AUGCUCUUCGAAGCCGUCGUCGGCCUGGCCUCGGCCUUUGUUCUCACUUAUAUCGGGUAAGCAUCUUUUCCGAAAUCUCUUCGACUUCUUCAUCGAUUUCUUCUUUCUUCGUCAUCAUGUUUCUCCCAGCAAAUAUAAGAGACAUCUGACUGAAAACAACAUAAACGCUUUCAGAAUGACAGUUGUUGCGCCGGCUGAAGUGACCGAUGAAGAGGCGGAGGACAUCACUACGAACAAAGGUACGAAGACGUCAAAAGAUGGAGGCAAUGGCUUCUUCCUUUUCAGAAGAGUCAAAGAAGACGGGCAACGAAGCUGCGAUCAAGUCCGUGGUGUCCGGCUCGAAAACCCUCGUGGUUCUGUUCGGAUGGGCGGGAUGUAAAGACAGAUACCUGUCCAAGUAUGCACAGUACUAUCAGGAUUCAGGGUAAGAAAUAAAGUCACUUUAUUUCUCACUUUCCACUUUUUUUCCAGAAUCUCGACGGUCCGUUUCACUCCUCCGAUCUCACGCAUUCGCAGUUUCUCCUCGUACCGCCCGUUCGCCCGAUGCUUCCAUCGCGUGCUCGUCGAUUUUCUCAAAGAGCAAGAAGUCACGGCCAUUUAUUUCCACGUCUUCUCAAUGAACGGCUGCUCAUUGCUCGCCGCUUAUUGGGAUCAGAUGAAAGAACUCGAGAGUGGGGAGCUGAUCGAAUCGAAGGCGAAGGGACUCAUCUUCGACAGCUGCCCUGCGUUCACUUCUCCUGCUCAGAGUGCUCAGGCAGUUUCUUUUGCCACGUUGCCACCAAGUCACUAUCACGGAGCACUCAGAAAAUCGUACCGGGCGGUGCUUUACACCUUCUUCUCGUUCCAUCGAGGAGUUAUAUGGCUGAGAUCUUUCCUGGAGAAAGAUAUCUACGAGAAGCACUACGCCUACUUCAAAAUGAUCACCUUCGAGAACCUGCCGAACAAGCAGCUGUACAUCUACGGGCCUGCCGACAUGGUUAGUCCACGAAUACUGUCAAAUAUCAGAACGUUCCCUCAUUCUCUUGCAGGUUUGCUCAGAAGAAUCCAUUGAAGGCUACGCCCGUCUGAUGGAGCAACGGGGCGUUUCCAUCUCGAAGCUGCGGCUGCUCGACUCCCUUCACUGCCAACACCUCCGUUCUCAUCCAGUCACCUACACUCAGGAAUGCCUCGAUUUCGUGAAGUCGGGUCAUUUGCCGGCGAACCGAAGCCGUGUCGCCCUGGAAAAUGAAGGAAAAACGGAACAAACUGACGUUCCGGAAGAGCUUGCCUACUAA